AUCAAGGAGGAAGCAAUAUUUUCCUCAGCUCUGCUGUUAGCGCUGCUACUCCUGACACGGACUCUUUUGGCCCGGGACUGUUCGCCAUUUUAUUCGGCCAUUUGAGGAUUAACAUACAUUUAUUAACCAUAGUGCUAAAAAUCCAAACAUCUCUGGAGACGACCAAAUUCCAUCCAUGAUGACGGAAGUGGCGAUGAUGCAGGACAUGGACCUGAUUGACAUACUCUGGAAGCAAGACAUUGAUUUGGGCGCCUGCAGAGAGGUGUUCGACUACAACCAUCGUCAGAAGGAGCAUGAGCUGCAGAGGCAGAGGGAGCUGGAGGAAGAGAAAAGGCUGCAUCUGCUGAGGGAGCAGGAGAAGGCACUGCUCGCUCAGCUGCAGCUUGAUGAGGAGACUGGAGAAUACAUUCCCCGUGCACAGCCGGGCGCCCAGCUCCAGUUGCCCAUCCCACCUCUGGAGGUCACACAAAAUGUCAGCUUCACAGACGAGAGCAGCGACCAGGCCAUGUUUUUUGACGAUUAUUUAGAGCUACUGGCGGAGACAUUUCCUGUCGCGGAAGUUGAGAACAUCCCAGUUUCUCUGGACACAACUCUUGCAGUGCCCAGCAGCAGCAACAUUUUGAUGUCUCCAGAGCAAAUGCCUCUGCCACCAGAUUCCCUCACCCCAGGUCCACUGCCUCCACCACUAACACCACUCCCUGCACCGAGGAUGAGCCCUGAUUUGGAACAGGCCUGGAUGGAGCUUUUGUCCCUUCCUGAACUGCAGCAAUGCCUGAACAUGCAAAUGGAAGACACGCUGGAGACCAACUCUUACCCUCUUCCAAACAACCCUGAAGUCCAGAAUCCAAACUUUUACGCCAUGGCCAAUAUCCCAGAGGGGGAAAUAAACAGUUCAGUUGUUUGUCCGGAGUUUAUUGGUACAUUUGAUGGCUCUGUUUCUAGCAUGUCCCCACCAAACAAUUUCGUCCAGAUGGAUAGUGAAACUCCCCAGUUAAAUUCUAACUUCAGUUCUGAGAACAUCUGUGACAUAUUCUACCCCCCAGUCAGUCUGGAAGGGAGCAGCAGUCAGCAGGGCCUGGAAGGAAAUCAAAGUCCAACCACAUCUGAAAUCUCUAACAAGUCUUCCUUCACACACAUGGAGCUCUACAGCCUGUCACCAGGAGAAUCAUUUGACAGUGGCAACAGCAAUCCAGGCUCUGAGAUGCCAGACUCAGAUUCUGGACUGUCCUCCAACACAAGUCGAAAUUCAAGUUCCCCGACUAAAUCCGCAUAUGGGGACGGGUCGUUUGGAUAUAGUGAUUCUGACAUGGAGGAGCUGGACCACAAUCCCGGAAGUGCAGAGUCUGACUACUCUGAGAUGUUCUCCUUAAAUUUCCAACCUGAUGAUCUAGAUACUCCACUGUCUAUAUCCACAUCAGUGGGGCAGCCCCAACAGCAAAACAAGGAGCCCAAACAAUACCAGAUGGAAUUAGCAGAAGAGAAUGGCCAUAGCAAUGCUCCCUUCACCAAAGACAAGAACAAGAAACGCUUUUAUGUGCGUCUCCCAAGAGACGAGCAAAGGGCCAAGGCUCUCAAAAUCCCCAUGAGCGUUGAUAUGAUAAUCAAUCUGCCUGUUGAUGAUUUCAACGAGAUGAUGUCCAAGCACCAACUUAAUGAUGCCCAGCUGGCUCUGGUCCGCGACAUACGCCGGCGUGGAAAGAACAAAGUGGCUGCACAGAACUGUCGCAAACGUAAAAUGGAGAACAUUCUGGGUCUGGAGGGUGAGCUGGACUCACUGAAGGACGAAAAGGAGCGUCUGCUGAGCGAGAAGCGCCAGAAUGCCACUAGUCUGAAAGAAAUGAAGCAGCAGCUCAACAGCUUGUACCUGGAGGUCUUCAGCAUGUUGAGAGACGAGCAGGGGAACUCCUACUCCCCGUCUGAAUACUCCCUGCAGCAGUCCACCAACGGCAGCAUCUUCCUGGUCCCACGCAUUAAAAAGACUUUGAAGAGCAAAGACAACCACUUACAUUAACAUGGUACUGCAUUAACUUAGUAAUGUAAUACUAUGCAAUUAGCUAGUAGUCGCUCAGCUUUUUGGCUUUAGUAGCUCAGCAGAACUACUGUAUAGUUUUUCGUUUACUUCUCCCAAAUGUGUAAUUAUUUUUGAUAUUUUACUUUUGUACUCCUGAUUCUUUAACCAAUAUUGUUGUAAAUAUAAUCUUUUACUUGCAGUUCAGAUUUAUAAAACCUGUUACAUGGUGUGCGUGUAUAUAAAUAUUGUAUAUAUCACAUUUCUCUAUGCUAAUGAUUGUUUCAAUCAUUGCUUAUAUUUUGUAUCUUUGGCAUCAUGAUUUUCCUGUUCUUUUUUAAAUGUUCCUGCUUUGAAAUAAAGUAUUCUGUAGCUA